GCAGUCAUGAUAUGACACCCGAUUGAAAGGAAGAAGAGAGAGCCUGCAACCGACGACCACCAAACCGGCGCACGAUGAGGAAGUUGCUACAAUUUUUGGCGGUGCUAUUGUUGGGUGUCAAUGCCAGGCGAACGGACACGGACGCCCCUGCGGAGGACGUUUACGGUGGUGGUCAGCGUCGCGGUUCCCUUCACAAGCCGAAUUACAAUGGGAACAACAACAAUUACAACCCCCAGUCGAGCUCCCCCUAUCUGCCGUAUCAACAGACCAGAGAAAGAAAGCCGAAUAUAGUUCUAAUACUGACCGACGAUCAGGACGUCGAAUUGGGUUCGCUGAACUUCAUGCCGCGGACCCUAAGGCGAAUAAGGGACGAGGGAGCGGAGCUGAGACACGCAUACGUGACCACUCCCAUGUGUUGCCCGAGCAGGAGUUCCUUGCUGACCGGCCGUUACGUUCACAAUCACGAGGUCUUCACGAACAACGACAACUGCAGCAGCCCCCAGUGGCAACGAGAUCACGAGCCACACUCGUUCGCCGCUUACCUGAGCAACGCUGGAUAUCGUACCGGGUACUUCGGCAAGUAUCUGAACAAGUACAACGGCUCGUACAUACCGCCUGGCUGGCGGGAAUGGGGCGGUCUCAUAAUGAAUUCACGGUACUACAACUACAGCGUCAACAUGAACGGGAAGAAGAUAAAGCACGGCUUCGAGUACAGCAAGGACUAUUAUCCGGACCUGAUAGCGAACGACAGCGUGGCGUUUCUCAGACAGAGCAAACACAAUUUCGCCCGGAAGCCGGUGAUGCUGGUCGCGAGUUUCCCGGCGCCCCACGGGCCGGAGGACUCGGCGCCGCAGUUCUCCCAUCUCUUCUUCAACGUCACCACUCACCACACACCGGCCUACGAUUACGCCCCGAACCCCGAUAAACAAUGGAUACUGCAGGUCACGCAGAAGAUGCAACCGAUUCACAAACAGUUCACGGACCUGUUGAUGACCAAGAGGCUCCAAACGCUGCAAAGCGUCGACGACGCGGUGGAUAGGAUCUACCAGGAACUGAAAGAUCUCGGCGAGCUGGACAACACGUACAUCAUAUACACCUCCGAUCACGGCUACCAUUUGGGUCAGUUCGGCCUGAUCAAAGGGAAGAGCUUCCCGUUCGAGUUCGACGUGAGGGUGCCGUUCCUGAUCAGAGGACCUGGAAUCGAGCCCGGGACCAUAGUAGACGACAUAGUUUUGAACAUCGACUUGGCGCCGACGUUCCUGGAUAUAGCCGGCGUCGAGACGCCGCCGCAGAUGGACGGUCGUUCUUUCAAGAAACUUUUUCAGAACAAGCACGGGAGAAGGUCGAAAUUCAAGUGGCCGGACACAUUCCUGAUCGAGUCGUCCGGUCGUCGCGAGACCCCGGAAUCGAUCGCUGAAUCGAAGGCGAGGGAGGCUAGGAAGUUGAACGCAACGUUGGCCAGACAACACGCGAACGCGACGCCGGACGAGGAGGAGGAGAACAUCGGUGAUCCAGAUAUCGAGCACGAUACGGAGCAUCGAUUCCUGGAAAACGACACCGGCAGCGACCAGGACAUCUCCGAGGACGAGGACUUCGAGGAUUCGAUCAUCGACGAUUCAAACUCGGAUCCCCAUCUGGACAACAGAGUUCAUCCGGUGCACACUAGUUACUCGUCGAAGCACGAACGACUAGCGAUCGAGUGCUCGCGACCGGAAGCACAAUCUAAUUGUGUAUUGGGCCAGAAAUGGCGUUGCGAGAGGGACGGUCAUCGUUGGAGGAGGCACAAGUGCAAGUACGUCGCGCCUCCGCCGAGGGUGUCGAAGAAAUGCGCCUGUUUCACGCCGAACGGCGUGGUCUACACUAGACUGGAAUCGAACGAUUACGAGGAACAUCGGUAUACCUUCGGCAGGGACAGACGACCCGACGUAUACGCAGACGUUGCCAGAUACUUCGCCAGACGAGGAAAACGAGACGUGUCGGACGGUACCAGCGAAGAUGCUCGCCGAGAUACCAGCACGGACGACGAUGACCGUAACGACGGCGACCGAGAUCGACGCGCCAUAGACGAGGACGACGACGAGGGAUUCUUAGACGAGCUGAACCAGCUAGCUGAAGAUGUCAGGAGGGAAUACGCGAGCUAUCUUUCCAGGGAUUGGAUUGAUAAUCGUACGUUCGGCGAUGAUCACCUUGAAUUUGAUAAUUUGCUCGGGUACUCCAUAGAGGACUUCGAUCCUAGUUUAGACAAGGUGGUCAAGGGUCGGCUGAAUGUCGACGAUAUUGUUAGAAGGCACAGGAGAAUACGAAGAAGCGUCACGAAGAAAGAUACAGUGGAACAUGUCACAAAAAUUAUGGAGAGUAUAGAGGAAGAGCUGGAUGACUUGAAGGCUACGCAAGCUCGCCAUUCGGAAACGCGAAAAACGAUACCACCAAAGUGUUCGGUACUACCGCAAGGCGGUGUGAACUGUUCCGAGACCGUCUAUCAGGAUCCAAACGAAUGGCGUAUUUCGAGGCGAGAAAUCGAGCAGCAGAUUAGGGAAAUGCGGAUGCAGCUGGAAACUCUAAAAGAAAUACGCCGUCAUCUGAUGAUCAAGCGACCUCAUUUCAUCCCGGAUCCAGAGGAAAGAAUGGAGGAUGCUGGGGAUCCUCAGAAAUCUCAUCAUCAUACGUCAAAGCCUCAUGUGAAUCGUCACCACAAGAAACACGAUCACACCAGUACUAUUAAUCCAACCACCACGACUGUUCGCACCACUUUAAAACCGAACCAAGUCACCGAGGAGAAGAUCACGGCUACAGAGACCACGGCGAAGCCCAGAUUUAAUGUCACUUUCGCAGACAGCACUGAUAGCGAGUCGGUUACCACGACAGAACCAACUGCGACGACAUUAUCAAUGACGACCAAGCCGAAGAAGGUCUCGCGUCGUCCGAAAAUAAAAGAGACGCCCAGUAAUCGAACGGAAGUCGAGGACGAUAAGCCUCAAAGACGCAGAAAGGUUCAUCAUCAUCGCAAGAACAACACGUUAUUUACAAAUAGUGUCCACGACGAUGUGUCCACGGUAAAUGUUAGCGAAACCAUGGAGACAUCAGUCACCACGCAGAGUACAAUGACCAGCCAGAGGAGUCAGUAUCCUCAGAGCAGGUACACGACCCUUCCUACUGUCACAAUGAGAGAAACAACGGUACAAAGAGAAGCUUCUAGCAACGCGGGCACUACAAACGACUUUACUAGAGAGACUACAAUGGAAACAGACGCGCAAACGAGGAUAUCGACUGGGUCAGAGACUUCUAGCCUCGCAGAUUCGACAGAGCCACUAAGAACGAGUCCCAUGUUCGCUAAAACAACGACCGAAGGUCGUUCUAAGACAGUGUCGUUGCCUUCGACAGUAUCUACAACACCAAUGACAACCCCAGUUACGGUUGUUCCAGCAAGAAAGAUCCCGAGAGUACAGAAGAAUAGGACAACAGCGAACCUUGGACCAUCCAGGAUAGAUGUAACCAUUUUGGAGUCUCCUGAUAGGAAGAACAGGCAAGAUGUAAUAGAUUUGUCGAAUAAUCGACGACUACCACCGAUGCUAAACAGCCCCCUAGAAGCUCGCCACAAAUGUUACUGCGAGCCCGAUUCUUAUCUGAAAAAGGACGAGAAAGAGAUCGCCAGAGAGGAGAGGAGAAGACUGAAAGAAGAACGUUUGAAGAAGAAAGAGAGGAAGCUACGGAAGAAGGCCAAGCUCGAGAAGGAAUGCUUGACCGAGAAAAUGAAUUGUUUCGAGCACGAUAAUGAUCACUGGAGGACCGCUCCGUUAUGGAGCGCUGGCCCGUUCUGUUUUUGUAUGAACGCAAACAAUAAUACCUACUCGUGCAUACGUACGAUCAACGCGACUCAUAAUUUCCUUUACUGCGAGUUCACUACCGGUUUGGUUACUUUCUACAAUCUGAGGAUCGAUCCAUUCGAACAGUGGAACAGGCUGUCUUCAUUGACACCAACGGAACGAUCAUACCUUCACGAUCAAUUGGAACAUCUGAAAGGUUGUAAGGGUACAAGGGAUUGUACCGUUGGUAGCGCGAAGGAAGCUUUACCGCAACCCCAGCAACACCAACGAUUGAUCUCGAAGAGAAAAUACGUGAAUACCUUCGAGGAUAUGUUUGUACCGUCAGCUUUGCAAAUUAUUCGUGAAAGUGAACUCGGUAGUCCACCUAAUAAGAGACGAAAAAAGUUGCAAAACGUUUGGAACAGACGCAGCAGAAGCUGGCAGAGCAGUUGGAGGCAUCACCAGGACGCGGUGAACUUCCGGCGGCACAGACAUCAGUACUGAUCGGUCCAUCUGUUUUUUCUUACGCGUAUAUUGUCGAAGGGUGCGCGAUGCAUUGCCUUAGAUGUAUAUUAAUUAAUUUCGCGAUGCAUUUAACAACGUAAUUUAUUU